AUUCAUCUUCUGAUGAGCUGUUCGAACUAUUCUUUGCAUGUUAGCUAAGAAGAUGCGGUGGUGCACAGUGUCAGAUCCUGAACAGAGGAAGUGUGCAGAACUAGCUAAAGCUCUGGUGGCAGUGCUGCCGCCAGCUGCUGUGGCAGCUUUUGCGAGACUCUCAUGCAUUCGAGCGUCCAGCACGACUGACUGCAUCGAUAAGAUCAGGGCUAACCGUGCUGAUAUUGUGACGUUAGAUGCAGGAGAAGUUUAUUCUGCUGCGAAACAUUUUGGCCUUGUCGCCAUAGCCAAGGAGAUAUACAGUGACGGAGGCUGUAUUCUGUCUGUGGCUGUGGUGAGAAACAGCAGUUUGGACAUACGAUCCCUUCAGGGCCACAGGAGCUGUCACAGUGGUGUACGAUGGACAGCUGGAUGGAGUCUUCCCCUCGGCUUCCUGCUGUCCCGCAAUUACCUGAGCUGGUCAAAGGAGCAGCCGCUUAGUCAGGACGUCAGUACCUUUUUCAGUGCCAGCUGUAUUCCAGGAGCUGCUGCCACGGCACCACUUCUCUGCGCUCUGUGUCAAGGCCAGAAGUCCUACAUUCGCCAGAAGAAUUACCACUGCGAAACGUCCCACAGUGAGCCCUUCUACAACAGCCACGGGGCCCUCAGAUGUCUCAGGACCGGGGCAGGAGAUGUUGCAUUUGUGGACCAUUUAGCUCUUGAAAGUAUUGGAGACAACGACAGAGAUGAGUUCAGGUUACUGUGUACAGAUGGCACGCAAGCUCCUCUCAGUCACUACAGAAGUUGUAAUCUGGGUCGUGGUCCAGGAGGCGGCAUGGUCACCAGAUUUAACUUUCGCAAGGUUGCUCGCAAAUUUCUAGUGACCGUGCAGAUGUUGUUUGGCCAACGAGGAAGAGAGAGGCAGCGCUUCCAACUCUUCGACUCAUCUGCUUUUGGAGAAAAUGACCUUCUCUUCAAAGAUGUGACGGAUAAACUAGCUGUUCUGCCAGAUGACAUGGAUGUCAGUCAGGUGCUGGGGCUGGAUUAUGUGGCACUUCUCAAAGGUCUUGGACAUGAAGGAAGUUCACUGGAGGACAGUGUUGUGCGAUGGUGCUGUAUUAGCCAUGCAGAGCAGAAGAAAUGUGAGCAGUGGGCUCUCAGUAUAAAGUCAGACCCGCUGGUGUGUGUUAGAGCAGUCUCCAUGCGCAACUGUAUUGAGAAAAUUAAGAGGGACGAGGUGGACGCCGUCUCGCUGGAUGCAACUCACUCUUUCAUCGCAGGAAAAUGUGGUCUUGUCCCUGUAGUCACAGAAUAUUAUGGACAAGUAUGUGUGCCAGCUGAAGGAUUGACCCACUUAGAGACCGAUGUGUUGCCCUCAGUGGUGGGUGUGGCAGUGGCAAAGAGCUCCAGCAGAAACAUAUUCAUCGGGAACCUCGGAGGCCGUCGCUCCUGUCAUGGCCGCAUGUACAGCCCAGCAGGCUGGCUGCUGCCGUACAGACACAGGUUAAGCCUGGAGCAUAACAGCAGCUCUGCCUGUGAUCCAAACCAAGCGUACAACGAGGUGUUUUGGAAAGGCUGUCUUCCUGGCUCUCAGGGGAAUCUGUGUAAAGUGUGUAUGGGAGGCACAGGGGAGGCUGCCACCAAACGCUGUGCUGACAACCACAAUGAGCGUUACUAUGGCAACAUGGGGGCUUUAAGGUGUCUGGUUGGAGAUGCAAGUGGUAAAAGCUACGGCGAUGUGGCCUUCCUUGAGCAGCACAACCUUCUUGCCAACGUCCUCAGUUUGAGUUCCACCGGUUGGGCCGAGGGCUGGACGUCAUCCGACUUUGAGCUGCUGUGUGGUGAUGGUCGUCGGGCCCCGUUGUCAGAGUGGGAGAGCUGUAACCUCGGAGUCAUCCCUCCUAACACCAUCAUGACACGGCCAGUGCUCACGGCACGAGUGUACGACUUCCUCAUGAAGUCGCAGGAAACUUUGGCAGCCAAUCCAAACACAGAGUUCAAGCUCUUUGAGUCUCACCAAUACGGAGAAAGUGAUCUGCUGUUCAAAGAUGCAACUCGGUGUUUUGUCCACACAAGCCACAUGGACUACCGCUCCAUCCUCGGAGAUGACUUUUACAGUCACGCAGAAACUGUCUUCAACUGCACACACUCUGAUAUCUUGGAGUUUUGUAAUCAGGACGUGUGUAGCAUAUUCUAAUGGACACACAGAAGGAAACGUUACCUUUCCCUGUGAUACUCAGUGGUUCAACCCUUCAUCCACAAACUUGAUUCGUCCACAUGUGAUGACUGCAAACCAUCACUGGUAUCAUCCUGUUCACAGCAGAGAUUAAAGGCUAAAACUCUGCUGCCUGACUGCUUUUGCACAACAAGGGUUGGGAUUCAAUGCAAACCGAAGUGAUUGACUUUUCAACACCUAUAACUCUUUACUUCAGUCAUUAUUAUUGCUUUCAUGUCAAGUCUUCUUUCAUAAGCAACUUUCAGAUACCAUUAUGACUUUAAAUGUUGUAUUGUGUAUAAUCUGUGUUUCAAAAAUGCAAAACACAUUUGCUUUGUAUUUUUAAGCCUGAAAACAAAACAUUCCUGCCAUUAACACAGCAAAGUGCAAACAUGAAGCCUCACACAAAGAAGCUGAGAUGACUCAAAGCAUUGAGGUAAUGACAAAAGACAUGACUACACUUGUAAAUAAUAAAAAUAAUCAGGUGUAAAAUCAAUGUGUGUAGAAUAGGUAACAUGUAACCAUGUGUAAAUUAUCCAAGUUUUGCCUCACUUGUUAAAUUUUUACAUGCACCAAUUAUAUUACAGUACUUAAGUUAAUAAAUCUCAAAGUGAGUGUGAGACUGGGAGCCAGAAAAUAUAUGGGGGUGCCAUUUUAAAGCAAUGGUUCUUACUAUUGUUAAUUAGUCUUAAAGCAGCUCUGAAAUAAAUGGCCUCAAUCCUGGCUAUA